AUGAAGGGCAGUCUUCUCUUUCCUCUCCUCGCCAUCACGGCAGAGGCCCGCUUCGGUCAGGAACAAGGCAACGGCGCCAUCGCCGCCAUCGGGGCGUUGACAGACCUCGGACAGCCAGGCCAGGCCGCGACCCUUGCCGGCAAUUCGAUACAGUUCCUCCUAGCUGCUGCCAACCCUUGCGGCAAGCUCACCCAGGCUGAUCUCAUCCUCACCCAGCUGGGCACCAGUGAUGCCGCCGUCGCAGCAGCCCGAGGCCUGGUGGCGGCUGAGCAGAAUUUCAACCCGUUUGUCGUCAGCGUGCCGUCCAUCUGCUCAGACCCGACGCUGCCCAAGUCGCCGGAGCUCCGUGGCGUGGUGCCUCUGGUCGACCCUGCGGUUGGUGGAUCGGACGUCGAGAACAAGAACGCGGCGGCGUCCAAGACGAAGCCCUUCGCAGCCGAUGGCCUUAGCGUUGCUCAAGUCAUGAUCAACAAUGGAUUCUCGAACUUUACGUCUGUUGCCGCAGAUGGUACCGUGGAGCAGGCCGCGGGAGGAUCGGGAGCCGGCUCGUCGUCUAGUGCACCAGCUGCUUCUGCUUCUGCUGCCGCUUCUGCUGCCACUUCUGCUGCUCCGCCGGUUACUGUUGCCGACGGACAGGCAUGCAACACACCGGUGCCUUCUUCUGAUAGCAACACUGCCGCUCAAGCUGGAAGCUGUACAGGCAGCGGAAGCACCUUGGCCUGCUCGGCUCCCCAAAGCGGCUCCGGCGCCGUGAAAAACGCCGUGACUGGCAACUUUGACGGCUUCGUGGCCUCGACCAUCGAGGGUCUUGACUUUGGCCUCUGUGUGCCCACCAUGAAGUUUGAGGCCGGGCUCAACGGACGCUCAGACACCGAGUUUACCUUUCAAGCUGUUGAUCCGCUGGUCAACAAGGGACAGGAGGAGGCUCUCAACCCCAAUAUCAUCACCAACCGGAUCCACGACCAACUCACCAACGUGUGUGGAGCGAAUGCGGCAGCAAAGGCAGCGGCUGCAGACGCACAAACGAAGAUUGCGGCGCUGGGCACGAGAAAUGCUGACACUGCCAAUACCUGGAACCAGCUUCUUGGAUUUGCUGGCGCCAACAUCAAUCCCGACAAUGCGCCUCAAGCGGGACUGGUUGGACACACGUAG